UACAAUGGCGAUGGCUUAUACAACCCCAUUUAUUCUCUUCUAUAUUCUCCUCACCAUCACUCCCAGCCUUGCCGAGUCGGAAUGUAACGAAGGCGCCACUCUAUGCUGGAACUGUCCCAACACGGGUUCACCCUCUUCGGCAACAUUCAAAGGAAACCUCAAAGCAAUCUUGUUCUCCUUCUCAACCCUCCUCAAGCCUCAAAACGACGUCGUUAGAUAUUACAACAUGACAGUGGGCACAAAGCCUGAUGAUCAAGUCACAGCGAUCGGACUAUGUAGAGGAGACCUAAUCAAAGACCCUAAACUUUGCCAGAGUUGCUUGAAUGACACUGCCACUUCGGUUUUGGAAAAAUGUCCAACUCAAAAGGAGGCAAUCAUAUGGGCCGAGAAGUGUAUGAUAAGGUACUCAAACGACGACUCUAGAUUUCAUAUCAUGGAGAAUAAGGAGCCACCUAAGGUGUUGAAAAGUCCCAAAAAAUAUACAGACGUGAGUGCUGAAAAGUUCAAAGAGGGGUUAGAGUCUCUGCUCGAUAAGUUGAUCGUCAACGCUAGUUCGAGUGUUGAAAAGUACGCAUCGGGUAGUGUCAACGUCACGGCGUCUCGGUCGAUAUACUCUCUUGUUCAAUGCAUACCAAGCAUGAGCCAGAAGGAGUGUAGUGAUUGCUUGGACGAGUCAAGUUCGAUGAUCCCAGAUCAGUGUUGUGGUGGUGUUGAAGGAGCCAGAGUACUUAAACCUAGUUGUACGAUCCGCUACGAGAGUGGAAUUUUCUACAACGUUACUGAUAAUACCUCUUCUAACACUAAUUAUAGCUUUGAACCCUCUAAAGAAAUAGGUGAGGAAAAAAACAGUAAAGAUAAGACUGUUAUUCCUGUUCUUUCGAGUGUGAUUGGAGUGGUUGUACUUACCAUAUUGGUGCAUGGAUUUGCAUGAAGAUUCGGAGGAAUAAGGCAUGAAGAGGAAAAUUUUGGAACCUGGAGAUAUAUAAAGUGUGCCAUGGAUGGAGACAGAACCUGCAAAAAUAAAUGGCGUUGAUUAAUCUUUCUAUUGUUUUUUUUUUUACUUCUAAUAGUUUAUAUUAAUUUAAAUCAAUAUAAAAAUAUAGUUAUUAAUGUUUUGUAUUGUUAACAAAAAUCAGAAUUUUUUUGCUUUAUUAUUAGUACACUCUUGUUUGGGUCCAUAAUGUGUAGUGGAAGCUAUGAAUAUCAAGAAACAAAUAUCAUAAAUGGUUGAAACCAGGCACGAUGGUCAUUCCAAAA